AAUUGGUUUAAGGUUAAUUGUAGCGGCAUUGGAAACAAUUAUAAGCGGCAAGGCAACGAUUCAGAAUUGGGAAUAGAAGUCGAGGCCCCAGAUCAAGUUUUUUCUUCAGUAAAGUUUAGUACAACUAUUUUAUUCGGUUAUUCUUAAUAUAGAUUCUCAAUCAAAGGUAGCCUAGCCUUGUCUUGCUGUGUACCUACUACCUACGCCUAUUUUGGAUGAUGGGCACAUCAACAAAUAAUGCACAAAUUCUAGAUAUGGACAACAAAGAGGAAUGUUCUGAAAAGUCAAAUGACGAGGAAAUAGAAGAUUUAGAGUGGUCUCCAGAUCAAGAAAUUCUCCUUUUAUAUUCACUUCAUGGAUUGAAACCUGUUGGUCCUCAUAAACAUUUCCGCAUGAUAAAGAUUCAUGAGCGUCUUUCAAGUGCAAUGAACAAAAGAAUUUCUCCAUCUAUCAUUUGGAAGAAACUUAACUGUUGGUAUGACAUGGAAGCAUUGGAUGAAGCUGAGGCAGAAGCAGAUGCAGCCAGUGCGGUUGAAGUAGACUUUGAGCUACCACUAGAUGAAUACAGUGAACUGAUCGAGCAAAAGCUGAGAGAACUCCCCCCAACAAUACGUAGGCAAAACACUGAACCAGAGGCUAAUAUGGAAAACAUAGUGGAACUACAGAAAGAUAAUCAGGCAGAGUCGGAUACUUCAUCUCAAGACCAAAAAUUGGGUUUGUCUGAUGGAGAGAGUAGUAAAGAAUCAGAUUCUUCUAAAGGAAUUACAACCCCUAAAAAUACUGGAAAAGAAAUACCUAAAAGAGGUUCCAAGAGAACUUUGACUCCUGUUAAAGAUAACACACCUCAAAAAAAAGAUAGUUCUAAAGAAUCUGGCAAAAAAGAUACUUUGAAGAAAGAAGAUUCAAAGAAAGGCCAGGUAAGAGACGAAGAGAAAAUAGAAGCUGUCAGAAAGUCAGUUUUGGAUAGUAAAAAAGAUCUCAAAAAAGAGGACGGUAAUAAGUUAAAUAAAAAGGACUCAUUGACCAAAAAACUCCCGGAGCAAACAAAAAAAGAAGUCGAGGCUAAGAAAUCAGACCAGAAAAAAACUUUAGACACUUCAAAAAAUCAAAGGGAAACUCCAAAGCCACUGCGGAGUGAUUCCGCAAAAAGGGGUGAGACUAAAAUAACUCGUUCAGAAACACCUAAGCAGAAAGUAGAUUUGAAAAAAGAAGUUAAUUCAGACAAGAAGAAAGAAAUGGAAAAGAAAACUGAAGGAAAAUCUCCAGAAAAGACACCUGAAUCUUCCAGAACAGGAAAGUUAAGAGGUAGAAAGGACGUGGACUCUGAAAAGCUGGAAACUCCAACAGGAACAAAGCGAACAAAAGAGUCUAUGUCAAAGUCCACUGAAUCGUUAACAGACGAACCUCCUAAGAAAACAAAAAUGCCAGCAGUCAAGGGCAGACCCACUCGUAAUUCGAUGGAACCACAAAAGCCUGCGAGCCCUGCACCUUCCCCUCAGAAGAGAAGAACCAGAAUGUUGUAAGACAUGUAACCGUUGUCGCAUCACACCUUUGAUAAAGCCAUCAAAGAGUAAACAGUAGAAACCCUCACCACCAUGGGACCAAGUCCAUGGCCGGAAACCAACCUAACUUAUAAAAACAAUAAUUUUUACUUAAUGAUAAUAAUUUGGAAUCAAUAAAUGUAGUUGUAAGUGUCAGAGACUAACCAUCACAAGAAGACUUCUCAUCCCAUUGUAAAUUUUGAAGCUAGUUUUUCUUGUCUAGUUUAUGUCUGUUGACACCAGUAGCAUAGCAACAGUGGAACAGUUGCUUCAGGGCGGCAAGCACUAGGGGGCGGGGGCGGCGCCAGGCUAGAAUUUUUUGUGUGCUAAUAAUGAACUAUGAAUUCGGUUAAAAAUAUUUGUACAAAGUAUGCGGGUGGUGAUGUGGUAAGUUUUAAACGGAGAGUUGAGUUAACCCUCCCAGUGUUACUUGACGAAAAUUCGACAAGCAGCACACUUUGUGUAGUGUUACUUGUCGAUUUUUCGACACGCAGACAUCGUUUACGGCGAAGGCUCUAUGACUGACUGAAUCGGAUUGAACUGGAUCGAGUUAGGUAUCGUUCUUUCCGUAAUAUUCUAAGCAAGCGCUAUUCAUUUUAGUUCCGAAAAUAUUGUAGCAGACAGCUGACGUGCGUGUAUUUGUAAACAGCUAGGCUCCCCCGGACCGAUGACUGAUGUGUUUUAUUACGUUUAUCAUUGUUUUAGUGUUAAAAAUCAAAAGUAGUGAUAUACGUGGUGCAUUAUAAGAAGAUUUAAGUGGUUUUGAAGUGCUGGUUGAUGAUCCUGAAGAAGUAGGUAGUG